CGCGAUUUCCCAAAGCUGCCAUCUUCAACUCUCGUGUCAAUGAAAGAACGCAGCGCGACACUUGACUGAGAAAGAUUCAAAAGAGUGAUGUCCCUUCAUCGAAAGUUACGCAUUCAUCAAAUCUUCGGUGGUGGUACGGGCAUCGGAAAAACGAUCAUUUCGACCGCGUUGUCGAAAGCUUCUAGUCGGCUGGGGGAACAGACGAGUUAUUUGAAACCGAUUGGGACUGGCGCCGAUAGUGAUGACAAACAUGUCUCGAAAUUCACCGGCUCAGAGGUAUCGACCAAGUGUUUAUACACAUUCUCCGAUCCGGUCAGUCCCCAUCUGGCCGCCGAGCGAAUGAGGAAACAAGCCGCUCAUGCCGGGUCUCUACCGGUAACUCCCACCGAUCACGAAUUGAUCACUAGCAUUUACGAUCAUGUCAAUCUGACCGCUCGGUCGUUGGGAGAGAAUCGUAUCGGAUCACUCUAUAUCGAAACUGCUGGCGGCGUACACUCGCCUACUCUGGCGGGAAAUUCGCAGCUCGAAGCGUUCAGACCACUACGAUUGCCGACGAUCCUCAUCGGUUCGCCGCUUCUUGGGGGGAUUUCUUCGACCGUUUCGGCGUACGAAUCACUCCGAAUUCAUGGAUUUGACAUCGACUUACUCCUAGUCCUCAAAGAAGAAUACUACGAAAAUUACCGAUAUCUUGAACGUUGGGCCCAGGAGCGAGCGCUCGACUUUGCUGCCGUUGAGUCUCCACCGGAAUUGAUAAACAAUGACUCGAGGAAAGAAUUCGACCAAAUGAAUGCCUUCUAUCACCGCAUCACCCAUCCCACAUCAUCCGUUUCCAACGCCGUUCGUAUUCUACAAGCCCGUCAUCUUCACCGAGUCGAGCAACUAGAAAGCAUGCCUGAGAGGGCGCUGAAACAGAUUUGGUGGCCGUUUUUGCAACACAAUUCACUCGUCUCGCCGAGUCAGGUGACGGUGAUCGACAGUGCGUACAAGGAUCACAUGCUUACCUACCAGGCCGACCGUCAACUUUCAGCCCCGUCAAUCUCGACAAACGAGAAUCAGAAAGAAUCUAACGGUGUCAACUCUCUAGUCCAGCAAAAGUUUGACGGCUCUGCUUCUUGGUGGACUCAGUCCUUGGGACACGCUAAUUCACAGAUCACUCUAAGUGCAGCACACGCAGCUGGUCGCUUUGGACAUGUGAUCUUUCCCAGUUGUGUCCAUGAACCAGCCCUGAAUCUCACCGAGCAUAUGCUCAAGACCGUAGGAGCUGGCUGGGCGAACCGGGUAUUCUUUAGCGAUAACGGUAGCACCGGUGUCGAGGUCGCUCUCAAGAUGGGUCUGACGAGUUAUAGACGAAGACACAAGCUCCCCUCGGGCGUCCACUUCGAUCUAGGCGUCAUCGGCCUCAAAGGCAGCUACCAUGGUGAUACGAUUGGCGCCAUGGAUGCUAGUGAACACUCGGUUUAUAAUGCACAGGUUGAUUGGUAUAAAGGAAAGGGCCUUUGGUUAGACGCCCCGCAAGUUCAUCUCGUCGAUAGUCAUCAAGCACUCAUUCUCACCAAUCCAGGCGAUCAAUGGGGUCCAACAGGAUGGAAGGUUCCCUACCCCAGCCUUCAAACAAUUUACGACCUCGACAAGAGAUUGAAGGAAGACCCACUCACCGAGGUAUACACAAACCACAUCUACACUUUCUUGCGUAAAUCGCGAUACGAAUCGUCGAUUAUUCCGGCUUCUUUAAUCAUCGAACCGGUGAUCAUGGGUGCCGGCGGGAUGAUCUUUGUCGACCCUCUCUUCCAAAACGUCUUGAUCAAUGUUGUCAGAAACAAUCCGCAACUGUUUGGACAUUACAAGGGCGCCAUUGCCUGGUCGGCCAAUCCGGAUCCCCCGGUGAACUCGAACGAAGACGACAGUUGGAGAGGUUUGCCCGUGAUCUUCGAUGAGGUCUUUAGUGGAUUGUAUCGGCUUGGAAAACCGAGUGCAGCCGCCUUGCUCGGCCGCGACAUCCAUCCAGAUAUUGCAGUCUAUAGUAAGAUGCUCUCGGCUGGCACUGUUCCACUCAGCGUGACCUUGGCGAGAGAGGAUAUCUUUGAUGGGUUUCGAGGCGACGGAGCCGUCAGUGCCUUGCUACAUGGUCAUAGUUAUACCGCCCAUCCAAUCGGAUGCUCAGUCGCACAUACUGGCUUGAAGAUUUAUGAAGCAAUGGACGCCAAUGGGUCUUGGGAUUCCGCCAAGCAGAGUUGGCAGGCUGGACACGAUCCGUCCACCGAGACUGCCAUCUGGAGCUUGUGGAGUCACUCUUUUAUCCAACAGCUCACCAAAUCCGACGAAGUCGAUGGGGCCAUGACACUUGGGACUGUGUUGGCAAUCUACUUGAAGGAUCAAACUAACUCAAAAGGUUAUACAUCUUCUGCUGCCAAGAACUUCUUAAGCCGACUCCAGUCUUCCCAGCUCAACAAAGACCAGCAGAUUCCGUUCGGCUUACAUGCCAGACCUCUGGGGAACGUGGCAUAUUUCAUCGCCAGUCUCAAUACAUCUUCGGAAACUCUGCACGCAAUUCAAGAAGCUAUCCUUUGCUCCCUUAAUCUUGCCAGUGAUAAGGCAUAA